AGUGAAGAUUCCUUCGCUGGAAUUAGUGAAACUAGUCUGAAAGACUUGCUUAACCCAUGCUUAAACUGGUCUUUUGUUCUAGAUCAAGAUGGGAAACAGCGGGUGUGAUAAAAGCAACUUAGCGCGUAUCUCUUGUUCUAGACUCCUUCGACGCUUAAAGCAAUGGCAUCCUAUUCAAAAACAAUCGGCUCUAUUUAUGUAUUCAAUCUGCUUCUUGGUGCUAUAGUCUUAGCUUUACCAAAGAUGUUCAGUGACGCCGGGAUUGCCCUUGGCACUGUCCUCCUCACUUUAUUGUGCUUUUUGGGUUACACUACAACUUGUUACAUAAUUGAAGCUGCAGCUGCUACUAGUGCAUACCAAAAGAUACAGGACGAGAAGGUGCAAAUAAAAAAGUUAAAAGAAGUAGUUUCUGACAACAAAACAACAGAGACAUCAACAAGCUCUGUCGAUGAGAAUAAAGAAAAGCCAAGUCCUGCUAUUACUUGUAAAGCAGAAGACUACGAAAUUCCAAAGAAAUUUGAAUAUAGCAUGAUUGCAAAGUUGUUUUUUCCAGUCCCUGGAGUCAUAUUACAAUACAUAUUCAUUUGUCUUGCCUUAUACGGUGAUUUGGCAUUCGUUAAUGUUUUCAUUGCCACUUCCCUCUCUCACAUGACAUGUUUAAUACAUAAUCAUUAUUUUAUUAUUGAUGAUCUCAAUAAUGAAUCUUGGUUUGAUAUUAAUGACACUUUAAACUUCACCGAUAAAGCACUUGAUGGCUGUUUCCUGGACUUUACCAAAGCAAACCUCUAUUAUGUUUAUGUGGCAAUUUUUACACUAAUUGUUGGCCCAUUGGUUUUUUUUAACGUAUCCUCUUCAAAAUUUUUGCAAGUUUUGACAGUACUUGCAAGACUGUUAAGCUUUGCAUUGAUGAUAUCACUUUCGAUCCUUCGAUUCGUAGAAGGACAUGUCUACAUGCCCAAACUAGCUAAUGUCAAAUCUCUACCAGUAUUAUACGGCUCUAUAAUCUACACAUACAAAAUACAAGACUACAUUCCCGGUUUGGUUGCACCAAUGUCUUCGAAACGUGGAAUAUACCGAAACAUUUUUAUUGACUUUGUUGGUGCGUUGUUUGUCCAACUAGCAAUGAUAUAUGUCACUCUUUUUGCUUUCCCUGGAGAUGAAAUAGAAGUGCUUAACAUACUUACCUUCUUUAAGCCAGAGGCCAGUGGUUCUUUUGACUGGAGACUAGCUAUAGGAAGUGUCCUAGUUCUCCUGCCCAUCCUAACACUUUGCAGUGCAUUCCCAGUUGGUGCAAUAAUACUCAGGAAAAACAUAAAAGCUGCUACCUUAUUCACCAUAAAAGGGAUUACAAAGAAAGACGUCAAAAUCCCAGUCGUUGUGGAUCGUCUUUUAUUUCCACUCCUAGCUAUUGUUCCUCCACUCAUAAUCUCGUACGUUUCGCAGGAUAUCGAACUAAUUGGGUCAAUUACCGGAGCCUUCCCUGGUAUUUUUAUACAGUGCGUCAUGCCUGCUGCCUUUGUUAUAGCUGCAAGAUACAAGAUAAAGAAAGCACUGGGUACCUAUGAUAAUCCGUACAAGGCUCCAUUGAGUAAUAUGGUGUUUGUUGUUGUUGUUCUUGGAUGGUCUGUCAUCAGUGUUGUCAUGAUGAGUAUUAAUCUGGCUCUGAAUCCAACUUAAAAAAUACAAUUAUUAAGUACUUAAUUACUUACACACAAGAGAUUAAGUAGAUAUAUUUUAUCAUUUUUUUGAUAGAUGCUAAAAAGCAAUAUUUAGUGUGUUCACUGCAUGGGAACUCAGUUAUCAGUAUAUAGUAAUAGAGUCUGAGUGAUUGUAAUUAUAGCUUGAAAUAUAAUACAUUAAUUAUUAUCCCGAAAUAUAAUACACUUUGUUUACACUUCAA